GAAAAUCUUUAACUUAGAAGUGUUAAAGUAUGUGAUUAUCUACAAUCAGUCAAUAUUAUAAAAUUGUUUUUUAAAAUACAGAUUCCGUGAUUCUGAGAAAUAAUUACAAAGAAUCUAAAUUUAGUCAUUUUGGUCUAUGCCAGUUUUUACCAACCCGAUCCAGGUUUUAAAAUUUACAAUUUUCCAAAUCCAACCCGAAUAACCUUUGACCCAUUUCACCUUUCUAUUUUCAAUGCAUGUGAUCAUCGCAAAAAUAACUCUACUACGCCCCUUCCGGAUUGAAUGUUGUUGAAGAACAAUAUCUAGAAAAUCUACUAUCACUUCUCUGCUAGCCGUUCGAACUUCGAAGAAAUUUUUCUGAAGGAUCACUUUGCUCUUGGUUUGGAUCUAGAUCUAAGGCCAACAGUAUGGAGGAUGAUGAUACAACUGGGCCUGCUGGACAAGUGAACAACUUUGACAACCAAGAAGCGAACAUGCCUCCCCUUCCUCUAUACAAAGCGACUGUUACCGAAGCAAUAAAGCGCGGAGAGAACAUUAUGUUCACCAUAAAUGCCUCGAAGGCGGCUGAGGAAUCAGGAUGUGUGGUUUUGCGGCAGCAUGAAGAUAUUGAGUGGCUUCAUCAUAAUUUGGUGACCGGAAAUGCUACAGAGGGCGUAAUCAUCCCACCAUUGCCAGUCAAGCCCCUCUCUGAUCCCAAGAGUGCUGAAUCGAUGUCUCGCAAGCACCUCGGAGAUAACACAAAAGUGAUGAGAGGGGACCAGUUUGAAGGAGACUGCAAGGCUGUGCAGAAGAUGUUGAUGACUAUUUUCAAGAUCAGCGCAAUUUUGCAAAUGAAUUUUCAAAAGCUGUGAAGGACGCUUCUCUUAACUACAACAAAUUGAUUGUUGCACAGUGGCGUUUGUCCAGCUCUUAUCGCAACCUGGCCACAGAUUUCACUACUUGUACAGCUGAGAUGAGAGACGAGCCUUUAAUCAAAGUCAACAAACUCAUGAAGCUCGUCAGUGAAGGUUGUGAAGACGAGGCAGGUAGCCUGGAGCUACGCAGUGGUCAAUCUGAGCUCACUUUGGGUUUCUUCCUUGAACUCUAUGCCAGAUACAGCGAUGCUCUAAAGGACAUGCAUUUCCGCCGCACAAGUGCCUUAGUGGAUUAUGAGUCCUGUGAGAAAGCUUUAGAGAAAGCCAAGCCAGCAAAGAAAGCAGCGGCUGAGGAGGCUUAUAACACAGCAAAGAAGAUUUUUGAAACAAGUUCAGAGCAAGCCAAGAAGGAGAUUAAGAGUUUCACCCAGCAGAGGCUACUCAGCAGUGCCGAAGCCCUGACAGCAUAUGCGGAGCUGCAGAUGAAGAUCUCCCAGGAUUUCUACUCUCAGUUGUUCCACACGAGGAAGCACGUGCUGGAGCUGCGAUUAUGAUCUACGCUCGGGAGAGAGUAAAGUAAAUGACCUGCAAGAGUAACUGCCUGCCAGUUUGUGGCGACAAUGAGAGAUUUGAGGGAUGUUGGAGAAACGCAGAUGAAUGUGGUGUCUUAUUACAUUAUAAAUUUAUGUGAAGAAAAUUUCUACAAGCAAUGUUUAUUGGAGAAUAUAGAGUUUUACAACACCUUUUGAAUAGUUUAAUUUGAUGUGAUGUCUUGUUAUGACGAGGUGGAGAAAAAUCUAUUGUAUACAAUGUCAAUUGGAGAUACUGCACUGAUUGUAUUUUGAUUUUUACAAUUUCAGUUGAAGAAAGUUUACUUAAUGUUUUAUGUUGUUGUCGAGGCUGUUGGAUAAAAUGAACAGUAUCUUAUGCCCUACUACAAAGUAAGUUUUUUAACAAAUCUGAUGAGUAAAUAGUUUUGUUGCAAAGCACAGGGGAGAAAAUUUGUUACAUGUGAUUUCUCAUUGUUGAGCGAAUAGGAAGAAAUCUGUUGUCAUGUGCUGUUUACGAGUUAACUCUUUAACCAUGCAAAUUAAAAUCACGUUAUCGUGUAAUUUUUUCGUGUUUUGUGGAAAUGCAACUCGACAUAUGUUUUUAAAAAAUGCUUGUUUUGUGUCAAACUGAUCAACAAAGCAUCACCCAGAUGUAGAAUUUAUUUGUCUUUGACUUCCGGGUCAAACUGAAGGCUUGUUAGCUUGUAUUUAUUUAUAUGCAAUCCAUACCAUAAUGCAAAUAAUAUCUUCGCAUCGGAUGGUGGUAUCGUCCAGCCAUGGUUAUGGACCUCAACUAACGGACGCUGCCACCGUCCAGACAUGGUUAAAGAGUUAAACAUCUUCUUGCCUUAGUGUGGAAUAGUACAUUCUAUUUGUAUAACUCUGAGACUUUAACCUGGAACAUUUGUCUUGGAAAAAACCCAACACUUUGCAUGUCAAUGACUGCAAAAGACUGGGGGGAAACUUGUGUUCACAAGGCCAGCAUGCUUCUUGCCUUACUAUGAAAAGUUUGUUCUGUUUUUUAAUGACUGCAAUUUGAUGCAUCUCUCUAUAUGAAAGAAGUCUGAGGAAAUGGUUGCUAAGGUACAAGGAAAUUGUUUUGAUGACAAGGCCAUCAAGACUGAAGAGAAGUUGAGGGAACUGAGAGCAUCUCUUAAAACCUCAGCUUUUUUUUUCGGGGGGAAGGGGGGAGGUACAGACAGUAUACUCUUGCUCAUUCGAAAUAUGCACAGUACUUGUUACUUUCAUCGCAUCGUUUUGUGGAAUUUUCAUUAUUAUGCCGAUUAAGAAAAUUUGCUUGUGGGCACUUUUUGACGCCCUUUGCAGGCUGUAACACCUUUCUUUCAUGCUGGUUUUGAGUGCUGGUUCAUCUUUUGUUGCCAUAAAUUUUUGAAAUUAUAAUUUGCUUUUGUCCAUCUGUGUCUCCCCCCCCCGGAACUAUAAUAAUACCUGAUUUUUCCUCCCGAUAUCUAUACUGAACUUGAAUUUGAUUAAAUAAUACAAACAUAUAAUUUUGCUUUCCAGGAACGUGUUUCUUCAUUGUAGAAAAAUGAAAUGUAGACCCAACUUUUGUCAUUUGUUUCUACAGCACUUGUUCCAUAAACUCAGAAAUGUCGCUCUCACGUGAGUUCUUUCACUAAAGUGUCCUCAUCAUGACCCUGACAUCACAUACACACGAAGCACAAAUCCAUAACCUCAUUGUGUGUGGAAGUGAUAAUUGUUUUUUUUACAUGUUCAUUGGAGAUAACAUACUGUACCAGUUUCGAUAAACUUUCUUUUCUCUUCAUACAGUUCAGCCUCUUCGAGUGAGAGAAUAGAGUGAUUUGUCUCCCUUUGGAGUACACAUUUGCUUGUGUUUACAAGUAUUGGUCAUCUUGAGUGACUUCAAGGUUACAGAUUGGCAUGAGAAAGAGUAGUUUUCCUGUCAAAUGUGUUUGAAGACCAAAAUAUUGUAUAACUUGUUGGUACAUUUCAUCAAGUACUGGUGAAGUAUGUGGUGCAUAAAAAGUAGCUGAAGCAAUCAAAGGAGAAUAAUAUCAUAAGGGAUGUUUCCCAGUUUUGCCUUUGUCCUGCCUCUAGCGAGUUUUCAGUUUAUGUAUCGGUAAUAACCAUGUGAAGUGGUUGUGUUUGGGUUGUUGGAGGGUGCCAUUACCAGGUUCCAUUUCCUCUCUACCCUACCGCUGUUUGUCAGUCUUGCUUUUGUGCCCAGUGCAAAAGGACCAUUGUCAUGUCAAUGUGGUACCGUUUGACUGGGAUGUUAUCCUGUAUGGAAAUCUGGUCUUGGAAUAUAUUGUAAAAUUAUGUUACAAGCUACUUUUCUAUUGUCCUGAAUAUACUUGUGGUGCUUCUAGGUGUAUCAAGGAAUACAACAAUUUAUCUUUGCAAUAUCAUUUCUAUGCAAGUGAUGAACUUAGGUAACAACCACUAUAGGUGCUACCUCAGUAGUUUGAGGCGGGAUGAGGUAAUAAAUAGACCCUCAGCACAGCGGUAGUAGUUGUGAUCUCUCUAGAGGUGGUGUACACACCUAAACGUUUGUUAUCCAACAUACAUGGAUUUGUUUAAUAUUUACUUCUGACUUUUCCUAUUACUUCUUUUCUACUGUGCUAAGUGCCCUAUUUAUGUCUAGCUGGGCCUUGAAACUAUGAUGCAAUCAAAGUCAAUAUCAACAGUGGUGUUCUUGUUGAUUAAGCAGUGCAGGAACAGUCAACACUUCGUUGAAGAUGUGCCAUGCUUUUGUUGACCUGCAAGAUAAUGGUAGACUUUCUUUUCUUGUUGAUGAAAAAAUUUUCUUUACAGUGUCUAAUUGAAGUCUGUGAUUGCAAAUAAUUGUGAUUUCUCUCUGGAUGCCCACCGUAAUUGUAUUUUGAACUGUCUUUCUUUUUGUUUCUUUGAUGUGUAAUUUCUGCAUUCAUGUAAAAGUAGAGAAAUCCAUCUAUCAUUGUUAUCUUUCUUUCUUGUUUUCUUCGUCUGUUAUUCUCUAGUUACACCUCUAAUCUUGGGCACUUAUAUGACCUACUUGUUGUGUAAGUGCUGUAAAACUCUUACCAAAACUAACGAGAAAUCCACUAUUUUGAGACUUGAUAUAUGAAGGAGAAUUUCUUUCUUGAAACUGAUCUUUCUCGAUUUUUUUGAUACUCAAUAUUUUC